CUGGACGUUUCCAUAGAGACACAGCUGUGGAUGGCGGAGUGCUAACUCGAUGAAGCGCAUUUACCUGCACAAAGACAAGCAGUAGCAGAGAUGUCUCAGUUGUCGGCUGAGGAUCAGGUAGAGUUGCAGUCCUUGCUUAAGCAGCUGCUGAGAAGCAUCAGUGACAAGAUCUCCAGUGCUCCAUCAACUGAAUGUGCUGAAGAGAUCCUUCUUCACCUGGAGGAGACCGACAAGAACUUCCACAAUUAUGAGUUUGUCAAGUAUCUCCGUCAGUACGUGGAGAACUCUUUAGGCACUGUGGUUGAAGAGGAAACAAAGAACUUGACCAGAGGAGAUGGACAACAUGCAGUUGGCUUGGGACAUGACACCCUGAUUCACGCAGUGACCCAAAGGACCAGAGACUCAGCUGAGUACCAGCAGAUGAUGCACACCUUGAAAAACACCAUGAUUAUGGUUGUGGAGUCUUUAAUCAACAAGUUUGAGGAAGACCAGCUGAAAAAGGAGGAGAUACACCAAGAGACGCAGCGUAGUCAGUCCAAUCUCCAGUUCACUGAUAACUGCUCUGACAGUGACUCGUCCUUCAACCAGAGUUAUGGAUUCAUCAGACAAGAGCAGCUGCAGGUUUUGGCCGAAAAGCUUGACUCCAACAAGCCCAAAGAGGUGCGUUGGGAGGCUCUGCAGGCCCUCUGCUGUGCUCCUCCAUCUGAUGUGCUGAGCUGUGAGAGCUGGAGCAGCCUGCGCAGGAACCUCAGUGCAGCUCUGACUGAGCCCGACCCCGACCUUAGCGAUAAUGUGCUGCAGUUCUUUGCUAAAAGCCUCUCCUCCUCUCCUCUGAAUGUGACGCGGGAAAUCUACACAAGCCUCGCUAAAACUGUGGAGUCAAGUUUUCUGUCUCAUAAGCUGAGCUUUCCAAGUGGCUCAGCUACUCUUGACAUUAACAGACCUGAGAUCAGUCGUCUUCUUAAGCAGAUUCGCCUGAUGAAUGACUUUCAAAAGGAGGUGACGAGCUUCUGGAUACGUCAUCCAGAGAAAUACAUGGAGGAAGUUAUCGAGAGCACUUUCUCCCUGUUGGCCUUCCAUCAUGAACAUGAGUCACCAGGAACUGAGAAACUCCUGGAACCAGUUCAUUUACUGGCUUUACUGGAUGUUAAAGCUACCUGGUUUAAAAAGUGGAUGCAUGGAUACUACAGCAGGUCUGUGGUUCUCAGACUUCUGGAGAGAAAAUACAAGUCUGUGGCUGUAGCGGCUCUUCAGCAGUGCAUUCAGUACAACGAGUCCUGUGAACAUUUCACAAAUGAGACAACUGAUCUCCAGUCAGGGGAGCAGCAGAGCAUUGGUUCAGCACAGAGGAGUGUUUAUUCUGGAAAAGAGCUUGAGUAUUCCUUCUUUGUUCACUCUCUGUGUGUCCUGGGGAAGCUCAUCAUCUACACCAAUGGAAGAAAGCUUUUUCCAAUCAAAAUAAAGAAACACAAAGAUGCUGUUACCCUGACAGACCUGGUUGUCAUUCUGAUUAACAUCAUGUAUCAACACCCUAAAUUUGUGCACAGGGAUGGCUCAUGCACAGAUUCCCUGUCACCCAGCAGUCUGGUGAUGGAGGUGCUUUGGAUGCUGUGUGAACGGACGGAGUGUGCUGUAGAGUGCCUCUAUCAGACUCCAGUUAUAGAGAAGCUGCUGGCUCCUGUUAUAGCGCUCCUCCAUGGACAGAAGGCUGAAUUAAAGUCUCCUGUAGCAACCCUGACUCUCAUUGCGGAUAUUCUGGCUCGUGUUGCAAACACAGACAGAGGAUUAGCUCUCUUCUUAUAUGAGAAGAAUCUCAUUGCAGCCCACAGUGAGAGAACCUUUGCUGCUCAUAUCAUUGUGCAGUUCACCCGGAGGCUGCUCGAUAGGGAACUGCCAUCACUCUGUGAAUCUGAUGUGUCCCAUGCAUUAUGUGGAGCCUUUAUUUUAGUAUGUCGGCAGAUAUACAACACCUGCGAGGGUCUGCAGGUUCUGCGACCCUACGGCCUGCACAAAGCUUUAGCUGCUGCAUGGAAAAAGACCAGCUCGUUGUCAGAAAGGAUUCCGACUCCAGUACCUGGAGCCAGCGCUGGAGCAUCUACCCAAGAGCUGCAGAACAUGCUCAUUUGGGAGGAGACAUUAUUGGACAGCCUGCUGAAUUUUGCUGCCACUCCUAAAGGCCUGCUACUGCUCCAGCAGACAGGGGCCAUUAAUGAAUGUGUCUCCUACAUGUUCUCUCGCUUUACCAAAAAACUUCAGGUGAGCCGCUGCGAGAAGUUUGGCUACGGGGUGAUGGUGACACAGGUGGCAGCAACUGCUCCGGGUGCUGUGGCUCUACACAGUUCAGGGUUUAUUCAGGCCCUGGUACUAGAGCUGUGGUCUGUUCUUGAGUGUGACAGUGAUGAUGUCAGAGUGGUCCGUCCCAAACCAACUCCCAUGGACUCCAUAGACAGGAGCUGCCUUAAGUCCUUCCUGUCGUUGGUCAACCUCCUCUCCUCUUCCCAGUCAGUGUGGGAACUGCUCGGCCGGCAGCCUUUAGCCGACAAGAGCAAAUACACCCUGAGGGAAAUGCCAACCUCCAUACCUGAUUUGAUUGACAGGCUGAUUGCUGUGAAUUCAGAUGUGAAGAUUCAUUCUCUCUUCCACUAUGAACAGACUCACACAUUCGGCCUGAGACUACUCAGCGUGCUCUGUUGUAAUCUGGACUCCUUUCUGCUGUUGGAGAGCCAAUAUAACAUCUGCACCAUGUUGCUGCAGAGUCAAGGAGAGAACGUCACUGUCCCAGACUCCGAUGAGGGGGCUUUCAUCAUAGACAGUCUGUCGGUGGAGAGGAAUCAUGUGCUGGUUCGUGUUGGUGUGGUUGGAGGUCCAUCUGAGAGGAGGCUUCCUUCUCGAGCCCUGCAAGAGGGAGAACAUCCUUACCCUUGGCCUAUGUUUUCAUGCUAUCCUCUGCCUCAAUGCUACACUUUGAAUCCACCAGAGAUCCUACAUACCUCACCGGACUCUGAGAUCAGUGCGCUUCUGACUUCAUGGAAAGACCCAAAGAACGAUGAAAUCUGGAUGGAAGCCUGUCGAAAACUGUAUUGCAAAGUCAUGAUGUCAAAACCCAACACACUGACCGGAGAGGUGCUGGCUGACCUUCUUGAGAAAGUUGUGGCCCAUCUAUCCAAUUCUGCCUCAGAGUGCUUCUUCUCUCCAGCUCAGUACAAAGCAGAGGAGAAGACAGUGAAGAAUGCAGUAUUAUCAUCUGUGGAACAGCUUGGAGUCAACACCUGUCUGAAGUAUGGGAUCCACCUCAAGCUUCUGAAAGAAGACACUGCAGACGACUUGAUUCUGCUAAUGAAGCAUGUGAAGAUGUUCUUGUCCACACAGAGAGUUAAAACCUCAUCAGAGCUCAUAACUCACCAGGAAGGUUAUCCAGGUCACGACUGGCUGGCCUCGACAGUUUUCCUCAUCAUGGCCGGAAACAUGGAUCAGUCCUUAUGUUUGUUACUCAAUCUUUCCUCUCUGCUCACCUCUGCCUUCGUCUGGCCCGCCAGGAUACAUGCAUCGAUCCAUUUUCCCAAGGAAGUGGCUGAAUCGGGAAUCCUUCCCGUCUACUGGUGCACGGCUCACUAUGUGGAGAUGCUGCUGAAAGCUGAAGUUCCUCUGGUCCACUCUGCCUUCAGGAUGUCUGGUUUCACCCCAUCACAGAUGUGCCUCCAUUGGCUGACUCAGUGUUUCUGGAAUUACCUGGACUGGACCGAGAUCUGCCACUAUAUUUGCACCUGUGUGGUGAUGGGUCCCGACUACCAAGUUUACAUGUGUGUGGCCAUAUUUAAACACCUGCAGCCAGACAUCCUGCAGCACACACAGUCCCAGGAGCUACAGGUCUUCCUCAAGGAGGAGCCAAUUCAGGGCUUCAAGUUCACCAACUACCUGGAGUUUAUGGGUGUUCUGGAGCGCCGCUACAGGAAUAUUGUUCUGGCUGACAUGAAAAUGAUUCGAACUCCUAUAGAAUAAUAUGUAAAAUUGGUCUUCUAUGAAAGAAAGUUUUAUGAAUUCAAAAACAAGUAAUCUGCUUGAACUUCAAAACCUGAUUUAGACACAUUUAUCUUUGUGAAGGGAAAUGCCAUUACAAGCCUUCACUGUGGACUGUUACCAUCUGAAUGUGUACCAAGUUUUCAUGCUGAUCAAACUGUUCAGUGAGCCGGUAUCCAGCAGAUGGAGAUGUAUCAUAGAUGAGGAAAAACUUGCCAACAGAAUAAAGAUGGAUUAUUGAUGCAAGAUGGUAUUAAGGGUGCAGUUUUGCAAGUACUCUAAAAGUACCUGCAAACAGUAUUGGAGGUAAGCGAGAACUAUUUGAUUGUAGCGACUUAACAAAACCCAGCAUGGCUCAGUUGUUAAAAGUAUUUUACUGUCAAUACGUCACAAAAAAAAUUCGCUGUGUUCUGUGAAAUUAGAUUAUAAGGCAGGUCUCAUUUCAGAGAGUUGGUACUGUCACAAAAUUUCAUGAAGAGGCUAAAACCAUUGGCAUUGUAGUUUACUUUGACUCAGCAAGAUGGUGCAUGAACCACACCAAAUGUGUGAGACAAUUUGCUGUUACUAUUCUGUAUACCAUUUUGCUGCAGAACGCACUUGUAAGAAAUUGUGCAUUAUAAUUUUGUACACGAUGUAAAUAGUGGAAAGAACUGUUUGAUGCUGUUUUUCCAGCAACUUUUCUUCUGGGUUAUUAAAAGCAUCUCAUCACAGUAGUGUUCUCUCUCAGGUGCACUUGUUUCAUGACAGGGAGACAGUGACAGGGGUAUCACUCACAAACACUUUGUCACUCAAAGUUUAGUUUUCAGAGCACAUUUUUAUUAGUUUUUAUUUUAGGUUUAAUGCUUAGUUUACUUGUUAUGAUAAAAUCACCCCCCCGACCUGCCGUCCCCUUGCCGUAGCAUUUGUGUUGUACCUCAUCAGUCUCUAGCUGUGAUAGCAGCUUCGUAUGUUGUCAGUUUGGAUGUUAGGUUUUGAAAAGUCCAUAGGUCCCAUUAUCCUCUUCAUGUAACCCUGGUCAGGAUUCGAACUCCUGACCUCCUGCUCCAAAGCCCGUAAUGUUACCACUACGCAAUU